AUGUAUAUUUACCUCCUCUGCUUAUUGUCGAGUACUUUGGCUCUCGAUCUAAAUUAUCUAGAUCCGGUGAAGUUACAAACGAAGACAUCGCCUGACACCCAAAAGGCGGCCGCUGAAGCCAUUAUUAGGAAAUACCUCAGCAAUGUAUCAGUUUUCAUAAGUCCAGUCCUAUUUGUGAACAAUAAGGAUGUGUUCGUCUUGCGAACUGUUAACGGGCAACUGCAGAUUCGGGCCAGCACGGGCGUCGCAGCCGUAUGGGGCUUCAAUUACUACUUGAAGAAGUAUUGCAAGAGCCAGGUGGGGUGGCAAGUGAGGCAAUUAAACAUACCGGACAGCUUGCCGGAAGUGGACGAAACGGUCGUUGCGAAUGACCGCUUCAGGUACUAUCAGAAUGUCUGUACAGCAUCAUACAGCUUCACAUGGUGGAAGCCGGCAGACUGGUCCGACCACGUAGAGUGGAUGGCCAUGAACGGAAUCAAUUUAGCACUAGCACCAAUCGCCCAAGAGGCAGCUUGGGCCAGCAUUUACAAGGAAAUGGGCAUGACGGAAGACGAAAUCAACCAACACUUCACGGGGCCUUCAUUCCUUUCUUGGCUCCGAAUGGGGAACGUGCACGGAUGGGGCGGACCUCUUCUUGAAUCGUGGCAUAACGUUCAAAAGGACAAUCAGGAGCAGGUCGUUAACCAGAUGUUCAGUCUCGGCAUGAUACCAGUUUUCCCGGCGUUCAAUGGCCAUGUGCCGCGAGCUUUUAGCCGUAUAUACCCCAAUGCUACCCUAUAUCCAGUGGGUACGUGGAACAAUUUCAGCGACGAUUUUUGCUGCAACUCUUUCCUCAGCCCCGUUGAUCCAUUGUUCAAGACUAUAGGCAACAUGUUUUUAAAGAAGGUAACGCAAGGUUUAGGCACAGGUAACAUUUAUACGGCUGAUCCCUUCAACGAGAUAAAAAUCGAGCCAUGGUCGACUAUGCUGGUUGAGCAGACUGGGAUGUCUAUUUUCAAUACGUUGAGGGAGUUCGAUGAAAACGCCGUGUGGCUUGUGCAGAAUUGGAUGUUCGUGCACAAUCCUUUAUUAUGGCCCCUUAAAAGGGUAGAAACAUUCCUAACUUCCGUGCCUAACGGCAGAAUGCUGGUGCUGGAUCUGCAGUCUGAACAAUGGCCGCAAUACGAUCUCUACAAGAUGUACUACGGCCAACCGUUCAUCUGGUGCAUGCUACACAACUUUGGAGGAACUCUCGGCAUGUUCGGUAGCGUUGAUAUAAUAAACAAAGAAGUAUACGAGGCUAGAAAGAGAAUCAACACAACGAUGAUCGGCAUGGGAUUAACACCUGAGGGAAUAAACCAAAAUUACGUUGUUUACGAUUUAAUGUUAGAGUCGGCUUGGCGUGAAGCACCAGUGGCAGAUUUAAACCAAUGGGUCGCUGAUUACGCGGAGAGAAGAUACGUUUGCAACUCUACAGCCACGGCUUGGAGGUAUUUGUUUAAGAGCGUCUAUAACUUUAAUGGACUAAACAAAAUAAGAGGCAAGUACGUGGUUACUCGCCGUCCCAGUUUUAAAAUACGGCCGUGGGCGUGGUACAAGAGCAACGAUUUGUUGAAUGCUUUCAAGAAUUUUAUCACGCCCAUAAACAGAAAUUGCCAGGGUGGCUUCGAACACGACCUAGUAGACGUCGCGCGCCAAGUAUUGCAAUAUAGAGCGGACCAGCUCUACUUGAACGUGUUAAACGACCGUUUCACCAAUACCUGGACAUUCAACUCGACAAUAAACAGAUUUCUAGACAUCAUGUCCGAUAUGGAGAAAAUUUUAGCCACAAACAGCGAUUUUACCAUGUACGAUUGGAUAAACAAUGCCAAAAAUUUUGCAUACAACACGGAGUCACCGUAUUCGUACGAUUUGAACGCUAGAAAUCAAAUAACAUUGUGGGGACCGAAUGGGGAAAUAACGGAUUACGCUUGCAAACAGUGGGCUGAAAUGUUCCAUUACUAUUAUAAGCCUCGCUGGGCGACGUUCCUGCAAAUUGCACUCGAUUCAAAGUUGAGAAACGAAUCAUUCGACGAGAGAAGCGCCCAACGUGUCGUGAGAUAUUCUGUAGAGGAACCGUUUCUAAGAACCGAGAUAAGUACGCUGCCGCGGGAAAAUACGUGGAAUACUGCAUUUUAUAUAUAUGAAAAAUGGGCCUAUGUGUCGGACGUCGAUGAUCUUCCACUAAAUGUCAUAAAACGGGAUUCAGAUAUGAAGACAACAUUAGCAGAUGUCGAUGAUGAGACAGAUGGCUUAAUGGAAAACACGCCAUCGGUUGUUCUAUGGCAUUCGACAACACCUACAUAA